AUGACAGAGCCUUCUCUUCUCCCUGCUGCCCAGAUGGAAGGGCUGGCCCUGCUGCCCCUGGCCUCACCCUGCCCCCGGAUCCCACGAGCCCGCAUUGCCAGGCCACCGGGGCAAUGGGCCCCCGUGGGCUGCAGCCCUGGCCCCUCUACAGGACCCACGCAUCUGCAACAGCGUCCUCUGAAGUCACGCCCUGCAGACUACUCCCACUCCCGGCUGUCCUGGGCAGAGAGCUUGUCCAUGGAUGGCUUCUGGUUGGAGGUGGAACGGAUCCAGCAGAAGGGCGACGUGAAGGAGGAGGACAGGGUUGGAAGCGGAAGCCAGCUCCUAGAAGGGGACACUGAAUCCCAGUGGCUACGGGACACAGGUCUGUCUGGCCUUGUUGGUGGCCUGGGCUCAGAUGGCGAUCACCAGGGACUCCUGUCUACACUGACACAGACCCAGGUGGCUGCUGUGUGCCGCCAGCUAGACACCUAUGCCCGCUCAGCCCGAAGACGACACAAGCCACCCAUCAGAGAUGUCAGGGAUAUCUUUGGGGUCUUCACCGCAAGGGAAGUGGUUUCAGAGAAUGGGGCCUUGGGAAUGAAAUGGACCCAGAUCAAUCCUGUGGAUUCUGCAUCUCCUGUAGGGUCCACAGAUCUCAGGGGACCACAGGAACCAGCUGAAACAGAAGAAGUCUUCAGCAUGGACUCUGCCUACUCUGAACAAGCUGCUGUGCUUCUACAGAGGGCCAGGUCAUCUCUGGGAGGCACCUAUGCCUGGGACAAGGGAUCGCUGCCGAGGUUCCGAAUCCCCAAAGGCAGACUGGGUGUGACCAGGAUAGGAGACUUGUCUUCAAGGGACAUGAAGAAGAUCCCUCCCUUGGCCCUGAUAGAGCUCACAGCCCUCUAUGACGUCCUAGGCCUGGACCUGAAGAGAAGCAAAGCUGGGAAGUGGAAAGGCUCAGACUCGGGCCUUUUUGGCGUGCCCCUUCACAGCCUGCUGGAAGCUGACCACAGAGUCCUCCCCAGCGCCCAGGUCCCCCUGCUCCUGCAAGCUUUGCUGUCCUGUUUGGAAAAAAGAGGGCUGGACACAGAAGGCAUCCUCAGAGUUCCUGGAUCCCAGGCCAGAGUCAAGGGAUUGGAGCAAAAGCUAGAGCGAGGCUUCUAUGCUGGCCUCGUGAGCUGGGACAAGGUUCAUCCCAAUGAUGCAUCCGACCUGCUCAAGAGGUUCCUCCGGAAGCUGCCUGCACCUCUGCUUACAGCCGAGUACCUCCCAGCUUUUGCAGCAGUGCCCAACAUCCCUGACCUGAAGCAGCGCCUGCAGGCCCUCCACCUGCUAGUCCUCCUUCUGCCUGAACCCAACCGCAACACCUUGAAGGCGCUCCUGGAAUUCCUCAGGAAGGUGGCAGCCCAGGAACAGCACAACAAGAUGACCUUGUGGAAUGUUUCCACAGUGAUGGCCCCCAACCUCUUCCUGCCCCGGGGACGACCGCCCAAGCUCCCCAAGGGUGAGAAGCAGCUGGCACAGGGCGCAGCUGAAGUGAUGUGCAUGAUGGUGCAGUACCAGGAUCUGCUUUGGACAGUUGCCUCUUUCUUGGUAGCCCAAGUGCGAAAACUGAAUGACAGUAAUGGCCGUCGCUCCCAACUCUGUGAUGGGGGCCUCAAGACUUGGUUGCGGAGGACACAUGUAGACAGGGACAAGACCGGGGACGGGCUUGAGGCGACUCCCAAAGUGGCAAAGGUCCAGGUGACCUGGCCUAGCACGGAUCUUCUGCAGGUGCCUCUGAACUCUAGCACCAGAGUGACCCACAUCCUGAAGCUGUUCACAGAGCGCCUCAACCCUGGGUCACAGCCUGAAGACAGCAGGGAAGACUCAGGCAGCAUUCUAUCAGACACCACCAAGCCAGCCACCUUCCUUGUCUAUGAAGUUGGAGGGAAUAUUGGUGAACAUCGCCUGGACCCAGAUGCCUACCUCUUAGAUUUGUACCGUGCCAACCCCCACGGUGACUGGGUCAUUAGACAGAGCCCCACCUAA